AUGCCGCCUUGCCGCGCCUUGCCGCGCUCUUCCACCGGCUACCACGGCGUGCAGCUCCGCCCCUCCGGCCGGUGGGACGCCGAGAUCACGCGCGGCGGCAAGAGGUUUUGGCUCGGGACUUUCGAGUCGGCAGAACUCGCCGCCCACGCGUACGAUGUCAUGGUGUGGCGCUACAACGACACCGCCGGGCUGCGGAACUUCUUCGACGUCGACAACCUCGCGGCGGCGGAGUUCGUGGCGCCGACGUUCAACAUAGUUACCCGUGCCAAGGAGCGCGCCAUUCUCCAGGAGUACAUGCGGAUGUCCAUCCGCAACCGCGAUGAGGCGGACAUGGCUACCUUCUGUGCGGCGCAUCCACAUCACGUCGCAGAGGAGCUCGAGUUCUACGCGGAACUGGCGGUGCAGCGAGCUGCGGCGGCCGCCGCUCGUCCGUCUUCAUCCUCCGCGCCGCCUCCCACUAUCGUAGUCGACGAUAGCUCUGACGACGACGAUUUCGAUUGGAUCGACAAGAUGGUCGCGGAGCUGGAGGCGGAGGAAGCCACCAAGAAGGCUGCGGAGGACCCCGAUUGGUGUGACAAGAUGGUCGCGGAGCUGGAGGCGAAGGAUGCCGCGGAGGAAGCCGCCAAGAAGGCCACGGAGGAUGGCGAUAGCUCCGAUUUCGAUGAGGACUUCUAG